AUGUUUUCGUCCAUUGCAUACAACCGACUGCCCAAAGAUGAGCAGCAGGGACUGGCGGAGGAGCAAGAUGUGACAGAUACUGGAUCUACUGUCGGAUCCGUAUCCAAGAGACUAUCAACAACAAGUAAUGGUUCUGGCAAAACGUCUCUUGAUAUUCCAACUUUAUUUGCCAGCUUGCAGCAAACAGUGACAGUAGCGCUUCAUGGACAUGAUCCGUACACUGAUCGCAAUGAUACAUUUCGUGACGAGCUGUGGCGGUCCAUCAACAUCGAUGAGGGUAUGAUCGCACUCCCGGACGAAAUCGCUGUUGAGAAGGGUCUGCCUUUGGCGCAAAGAUUUCCGUGGGAUCACGGCAAAGGCGUCUAUCUCCUUCAUGGCUACCAUAAUCUACACUGCGUUGUAUGUUACCUCUCCAAGUAG